AUGGAGAACGUCUCGUCUUCGGCUGGAGCUCUAGAGAGCCACGCUCCUCACAGUUUCGGCGCCUUUGACUACGGUUACAUGGUGAUCACGGCGCUCCUGACGCCUUCCGCUCUGUGUUUCAGCACUUUGGUCAUCGGGGUCAUCGGCAAAUUCAAACGACUGCAGACGCCGACGAACUUCUUCAUCGCUUCCCUCGCCUCGGCGGAUAUUUUGGUGGCGUUGAUGAUUCCAUUGUUCACGACGUCGUUACUUCUUCCGGCUAAUCUGACCCACGAGCUGAUAUGUUCCGGUUCCACUCGUCUGCUCAUCCUGUCCUGUGGUGCUUCAAUUUUGUCUUUGGCAGCUGUGGCUUUUGAUCGCUUCAUUGCUUUAACAAAUUCUUUAGAAUAUGUUCAGAUCAUGACAAAAAAGAAGACAUUCUCUUUAAUUGCUGCUGCCUGGUUUUACUCUGGGCUGGUGGUUUCUAUCCCGCUGACUUUCACAGAAGAGAAUUCCGGGAAGAGUCUAAAAACGAAAUGUAGGUUUGGGCAAAUCCAUCCGCGAGUUCACCUUCUCUUCGCGAGUAUGUUGUUUUUCCCUGCAUGUGUGCUCAUAUUUUUCUGUUAUUAUAAGAUUUUCACCAUUGCCAAACAUCAAAGUCGAGCUAUAUAUGAUCAAGAACAAUCUAUGGCGAAUGUCAUCCACACCCGGUACGUAAACCGCGACUGUAAGUACGCCAAGACUCUCGCCGUCCUGAUCCUGGUGUUCAUCGUCUUCUGGUUCCCCUUCCAGUUCACUCUUCUUCUGAUCGCUCUUUCAGACAUUCAUGUGAAUGACGAAGUAUUGAAUUUCCUCCUCUUUCUGGCAACAUUCAACAGCGUGAUGAACCCUUGGCUCUAUGCUUACAAGAACACCCACAUUCGAUCUGCCUUCCGAAAAAUUUCUUCAACAGUAUCGUCUGCGUUUAGGCAGACCACGCGCCAUGAUUCUUCGUCAACGCCAGAAAAUCCCUCUGUGUCGUCCGACUACAAACUUAAUCAGCCGGAUAGUCGGAUGGAGCCGGUGGAUAUCCUACAACAGCUCGAUUUAAACUCGGACAUGUUUGCGGAAGACUGUUGGGCCUACGAGCCGAAGAAAGUGUCCGUCCAUUCCGUAGGCUCCACCAUAACUCAGAACGGGCGCAAGAUCGUGGUACCCAGUCUCGUCAUUGAGGACAUGGAGGGAACACCGGAACUCAAGAUGCAGAAGACAGAAUCAGUGUCAACUCAGGACCAGUCUGUUGACUUCAUGAUACAUAUGUGAACGAGAAGAAACGAGUCUUAGAAAGUAACGGGUCAUCUUUACCUUUGGGAAACCAGCCUAAUCAUUGACAUGGAAUUCUAGCAUGCGUUAGUCUUGAAAAUGACAGAAUAAAUUUUAAAUAGAGGGAUCAACUCUAAAAAAAAUAUCCUUUUUAAUAAACACAAAAGUUCCUAUUCUGUUUUUGAACUCAGGACCUGUUGGUCAUUAGACUGAAGCUAUACCUACUGCACCACAACAACAGAGUUAACACACAUCCACAUAUUGCGUUUAAAUUGCCAGAGACGUGAGGGAGUGCAGCGUACAAAUACGUGCAAUUUUAAAUCUACACCUGCCAAGAAAUUAAAGGUUAUAACCACUUGGCCACGAAGCUCAUAUAAUGAGCGCAGUGCUAUAACCUAUCUGCCUGUGUAACAUUCGAUUUAGUACCUACUUGCCUGUGUAACAUUCGAUUUAGUACCUACCUGCCUGUGUAACAUUCGAUUUAGAGCAGAAAAUUAAAAACGAGAUUAAAGGUGCAUGAACUUGAUAUAAUCUCUCUCUCUUUAACUGAUGAUUACUUUGUUUAGAGAAUUGAUUAUUAUUUGUUUUUAUAUGUUAUUUGUUUAUAAGUGGUGAAUAUAAAUCCCUGUAAUCAAGGCA